UUUUUUUAACUAUAUCCUCACCACGAAUCGUACGAUCGCCACAGACACCGCCUCUGCUAAUUUGCCCCAAAGCUGCAUGUAGUUGCAGGGGCUUUGACGCUCACUCUCUGCCUCGUUGAAGUAAUCCCUGUGAUUCGUAUUUUCUGACGCUCACCAAGCCCUUCUUACAGUUCAUUUGUCGGAUGCGGCUUAGCGGGAAUCCGUAGGCGAAUGCCAAUCGUUGAGUCAGUAUCCAAUCGAUGAGACGUCUGGAGUAUGGGUGCAAGGAACGUGGUCAAAGUUCGUUGGGUUUUAAAAGAAGUACAGUCAAACGCCACGGUGCCCCAGUACCAUCCUUAGCAUCGCUUCCAAAUCACGAUGAACCCAGAUGCAAGAAACAAGCAUACAAACGUCGUACUCUUUGGGCAAGGAGGAGCAGGAAAAAGCUCACUUGUCAAUCUCAUAGCGGGAGAGAAUGUAGCAAAAACAUCCAAUGACCUGACACGCUGUACGCUGAAGUGGGAGGAGCAUUCCGUCAAUUUUGGUGGCGACUCUUAUAAUAUAUUUGACACUGUUGGACUCGAGGAACCACAGCUGGGAAUCCCACAGUAUCUCGAUGCUGUCGAGAAUGCCUAUAGUCUCAUCCAGAAAUUGGAGAGACAAGGCGGCAUCGAUCUACUUAUGUUCUGCAUGCGCGCAGGCCGACUCACCGCUACACUUCAAAACAAUUACCGGCUCUUUAACGAAUUCCUUUGUGAAAAGAAGGUCCCCAUCGUUAUAGUGAUCACAUAUCUUGAAAACGAAGUCGGGGAAAUGGAUGACUGGUGGAAGAGAAACGAGAAAGCCUUCCGUCACCAGGAGUUCUAUGUCGAUGGACAUGCGUGCAUCACCGCCAUUCAAGGCAAUUGUCCGGAACGGCAUGAGCAAUCGCGCACCACGCUCCGCAAACUUGUCAAGGAGUGCGCUACUGGCGGGCACAAGCGAGCAUGGAAAGGAGGAGAUAACCUGUUCGUGUCGUUGAUGCGACAGCUGAGGGGGCUAGUUUCAGGGAAAUCGCGUUCGAAGAAGGAUAAUAUUGCCCCUCGCCUUACCAAGAAGUGCGGUUUGUCUCCGGAGCUCGCAAAGCAGUUGGCCGAUAGGAUUAAGAAAGACGUGGGAGCUACUUGACUUCCGGUGUUCGAUAGCUUUGUGCUCAUUCUGGUUGUAGACUUACCUUCCCAAUACGUGAUAACUUACACACAUAAUGAUUUCACUCUUUGAAAUUCCCCUUAAUUACAACACAUGCAUGUCCAAUUCGAAAAACAAGCACCUCAGAGUCACACACCACAGUUUCGCGUGAUUCAGGAUGUCUUGGAGACAUUCUUGGUGACCGUUACAAUGUGACGAAAACCUUUCCUAUAUAUUACGAUAUAUAACGAUAUAUGACGAUAUCUUCUUCUCACAA